AAAUAGUCCGCCUUUUCCAGCUCACCCGCCAUUUUAUGUGAAAAGCAGCAUUGUGCUGCAUGGCUAGUGCGUGCGGUGCAUUCUUGGAGAACGUGGUGUUGAUCCAGCUCGUGUAAGUUACUCUGGUUAUGGUAAGAUUGCAUGAUAAAUACAGUAAACAGCAUUAGAUUGAUAUCAGUAAAAGUCGUACUCUCGCAAACUGUUAAAAUUUACUUUGUCGAUUUAGCUAGCUAGCUAGCUUGUUAGCUUUAUCUAGAGCAAAAUGAGUUACGGUAGGCCUCCGCCCGAUGUUGAGGGCAUGACUUCACUGAAAGUAGACAACUUAACCUACCGAACAUCGCCCGAGACUCUGCGGCGUGUGUUCGAGAAGUACGGGCGGGUUGGAGACGUGUACAUCCCCCGGGAUCGUUACACGAAGGAGAGCCGAGGAUUCGCCUUCGUGCGGUUCCACGACAAAAGGGAUGCCGAGGACGCGAUGGACGCCAUGGACGGGGCCGUGUUGGAUGGUCGUGAGUUGCGGGUACAGAUGGCCCGCUACGGGAGACCUCCAGAUUCACAUUACGGUCGCAGAGGGGGACCACCCCGGAGGUACGGGGGAUAUGGGCGGCGAAGUAGAAGCCCGCGGCGCCGGAGGCGAAGCCGAUCCAGGAGCCGGAGUCGGUCUCGGUCUCGCAGCCGCUCCCGAUACAGCCGAUCCAGGUCCCGCUCCUACUCCAGAUCCCGCUCCCGCUCCAAGUCCCGCACCCCCCGCCGGAGCAAGACCAAGUCCAAGUCUCCAGUCCGCUCCCGGUCCAGAUCUAUCUCCAAGUCGAAGUCCAAGUCCAAAUCCAGGUCCAGGAGCCGCACACCGCCCUCUAACAGAGGCUCUAAGUCUAGGUCAAGAUCCAAGAGCCCGCCAAAAUCGCCGAUAGAGCAACAAGCCACAAUUGAUUGAACAGUAAGUAAAAUUUGGGAGGGGGUGGACUGUUUAGGCAAAGUCUGGAAGUAAUAUUGGAUUAAACGGCCUAAGAUUCUCACUGUAGUGCUGUUGUGAUCAUGUUAAGACCAUUUUUAAAUAGGCCCCAAACACUUUCUACAGUCUGUCCUGCAAAUCCUUUGCCUCAUUUAAAGCAUGAGGAAAUUGAAUUUGCCUUCAGGGUUGUCUUGGUAAUUGUCAUGACAUUGUAGCCUUUUUAGAUCGCAGACUGUAAAAUUGUGGGAUGUAUUACAGAAAUAUUUUCUAUCCGGGGUCACAUGUAAAUGUAUAGGUACUGUUUGAGAGGGAUCAUUUUUUUAAUGAUUGCCUGUCGUCGUGGACAGGGGACACAGAGGAGUCCUGGUUGGCAAUACAAUGUUUGGUAACACAAUUUUAUAGCCCGUUAAUUAGUUGGCUACUUGUGUAAUUAUUAGGCAAGUACGUUGAUUUCUGUGGUAAGUACUAAAGUCUGUUUGUACUGUACACUUUACGGCCCGUUUCAUAGUACUUUCCUCUGAAUUCAAAAUGGUGACCGAAUCAGUACCUAGUAUUGACCCAGUAAAUGCCAUGUAAUUAACAGGCUGUAAAAUGGUGUUACCCAAUGUUUUUAUUUUCUGUACAUUUGUUACCGAAUGUGAUAAAUUCACUGGCACUCCUCUUGGUAUCCUGUCCAUUGGCGUUAGGGCUUGGUGGGAGGUGGGCAUUUUGGUACAUAAAAUGCAGGGGGAGUGAAUUGCUUUUCUUUGCAGAGUUUGAAACCUAGUUUCGGACACAAAAAAUGUUCACCAAAAAAUGUGGAAUUCUCUCCUCCAAGCUGCUGAUUCCGGUUUGCAAAAGAGGAGUUUGGGGCAGUAUGAGCAGGUGUAGAAGGGGGUGAGCUGCCCAUGGCCUCCAGGUGCUGUUGGGGGGCGCUAUGGAGCAGGUCGGUCUGUCAGUGUUGGGGUGUGGUGGUGAGGUACGUGUGCAGGCUGAUGGGCAGGUCAUGCACCCAGGCAAUUGGGGGCAUGGUCUAAAUCGUGAAGGACCAAAGGUUUGUCUCCCCAUUUUUAGUUCAUCCAACACAGGAGCACGACCAAACAAGUUUGCCGUGCGCCGAGGGCGUUCUCCCCCGAAAUUCACUAGCCAUUUCACCAGUCGGACCUCCUGAAAAACGUGGUCCCGAAACGCCAAGUGGUAACACCACACACUCAUGUAGACUGUAAUGCGGCGUGUCGCACUCGAGCGUUUGUUCCGCUCGUUUUAUCAGUGAAAGUCAACACCGGGCCCAGGUGUCUCCGCCUGCCUCGGUGGUAAGCUUAGACUCCAUUUGACAUCCUAGAUGCACUCAGGUACACAAACUGAGGCCAGUUUUCAGGAUGAAGGAGAGCCCUGUUCUCCGGCAGCUUUCUCACCCUCUCCCGUUUCCCUACAGGUCGACUUCGUUGGGACGCCCUGUCAAGGAAAGUACGAGGACUUUCUCCCUCCCCAUCCAAACACCAUGAUUUCUGACUUAAAAGGUCAUUACGAUUUGGUCUGAAGGUUUUUAAUUGAAAUUGGUUUCUUUUUUUCUUUUUUCUUCAGUUGAAUGUACAUGAGUUUAAUUUCUACAAUUUUUCCUUCUGCAAAACUGUUCAUUUUAAGUAAUGGGCUUAACUCCAGGUGAGCAUUUGUAAAGGGGGGUGGCACAUUUUUGUUCUUUUCCCGUUUUAAUGAUGGUACCGAGGCGUUAUCAUAACUGGACAUUAUUUCAGGUAACAAGCUCCAAAAUAUGAAGUACAGCAAAUUGGUAAUAUAAAAAUAGCAUGAUUACCGGAAUGCUGUAGAGGACAUAGACUUUCUUGGGUCUGGCUUUGACUAAUUGGAUGCCAUUGUAUUCAGAGAUUGGUUUGACCAUUUUGAUAAGUAACACAAUCCCUAUAAAAUACCUUGCCGUAUAAUUGCGAAUGUAAUUGUAGUAUCUCCUCAUAGUCAGUUUUUUUAUUUUUACGCUUAAGCCAGGACCCUUUUGAUAAUUAGCAAAUUUCUGAUUUGUAGGUUGUAAUUUUACUUUUUUUUUUUUUUUUUCCACCCCCAUUUUUUUUUCUUGUGAUUCUAAUCUUCUCUCUUGUAUUUUUUUGUGCACUAGGCGCAGUUGUGUAGCAGUUGAGUAAUGCUGGUUAGCUGUAAGGUGGCGUGUUGCAGUGCUGGGCAGUGUGCAGUUUUCCUGAUAACGCCUGUAGCCACCGCGCCGUCUAAAAAUUGCUGCCACAGGUUUCCUAUGGUAAUGGUGAACCCCCUCCCUCUCCCCCCCCCUCCCCCUCCCUUCAUAAUUCAUUCCCCUCUCUCCUAAUAAUGUGGAGCACAUGGUGAACACCCUGCAACUUAAUUUUUAAAUUUCUUUCUCAGUUGAAAUGUCUGUUAAACAGAACUGUUUUUUUUGUCUUGCUCUUGCAUUUUGCAAACCUAUUCUGUAUUUACACAACCACUUUGUGAAUGCUAAUAAAACCUUUUUGCCGUAA